ACUUAGUCUUUGAUGCAUUAUGGAGUAUGUGAAUGAAAUUUGUUGGGCACAAUGCACAUGCUAUGAACCUUGUGAGUUAAUCUAUGAGACAGAUGAGACAGGGAUCCAGCAGAGGAUUGGUGUGGAAGAAAGAGUCUAUGGUUCUCAUAGUGCAAAGAUUCAGCACCAACAGUAAAGUGGAGACAGAGAGAACAUCACUGUAAUUACAACAAUCUAUGCAAAUGGUACUUGGGUGGCUCCUGCCAUUAUAUUCAAGGGUGAGAGUUAUCAGAUGUCAUGAAAGCAGAAUAACUCAUGAGGAUAGAAUUGGAUACCAGAAGAAAGGAUAUACCAAUUGUGAAAUCAGCAUGGAGUGGAUCAAGGACUUCAAUAGGCAAACAAAAAGCAAAGAGUUGUAUUCAAGAAGACAGGAGUCAUACCUCUCAAUCCUGAUGUUUUCAGUAAGGGAGAUGAUGGCACCUAGAGUGAAGAUGUCAACAGAGAACACAAUGCCCACACUGCAGUCUAAUCUAGUGCAUCACAUAUUGAAGUUGAUGACUACCAGAAUCUUCAGUAGCUGGACCAUCAGGUUGACAUUUUGUCUUCUCCCUGAGUCAAUCUGGCCAUUCUACACAUCAUUCCCUGACUCUAAGAGAAAAGGACCAAGAAGCAAGGAGGCAUCAUGGGAGAUGACAUGCCUAAGAUGAUGACUGGAGAUGACUUCUUCAACAUAGUCACUGCUCAUGAGGAAGCAGUAGAAGAAGCAAAAAAGAAAAAAGCACAUUGUGCAUUGUUGCAGAACAAGAAGGCAAUGGCAAUGGUACAGUGAAUAUGAGAGAACAAGAGACAUGUAGAGAGGAACAAUAAGAAGCAUGAGUGCUUCCACCAGGCUGUGCUGGCAUGGCAGAAUGCUAAAAAAAUAGGCACUCAACUCAUAAGAAUAAGCUAAAACUGGCUGAUUUUGGAGAGAUUGAAAAGCCUUUUCCCAAAUACACACAGGCUGAACUUGAGGCACUUUCUACUGAUGAUGAGGACAGUGAGAAAGUGAAGGAGGAGG